ACAAUCAGAUGGGCGUUGACUGCUCUCUUUAAAUUCUCGUAGCUCUUGCGCAGUACGCUACUUCCCCAGCGGCUUUCAGUUCGUGUAUCCUUCUCUCUGCAGCCAUGCCGUCUCAGUUGGAGAGUUCCAUGGAGUCCCUGAUCAUGGUGUUCCAUCGCUAUGCUGAAAAGGAUGGUGACGGCAACACACUGAGCAAGAAGGAGCUCAAAGAGCUGAUGCAGACAGAACUGGCCAGCUUCCUGAAGUCCCAGAAGGACCCAGCCGCCAUAGACACGAUCAUGAAGGAUCUGGACCAGAAUGGUGAUGGGAAGGUGAACUUUGAGGAGUUUGUCUCUCUGGUGGUGGGCCUCUCCAUCGCCUGUGAACAGAUCUACCAGCUCUACACCCAGAAGGUUGCUGCCAAGAAGUGAAGGAGGACAGGACAGGAGAA